AUGAAUGAUGCAAAACAACAAGUGAAGAAGAUAAUACAAGAAUUUGGUAAAAAUAUUUGUACUCGGUGCUCGAUUGAAAAAAUCGAAUAUGUCGAUGAAAAUGGUGCAACAAAAGUUAUUGAUUGUUACUUUAAACAGGGCUCAAACAACGAUAAAUCGAAAGAUUUAGUUGAAAUAUGUAACGAUUUAGGUAUGGAAUUAUCAGCUAAAGUUAAGUUACAAAACUUGAGAUGCUGGCGACUAAAUGCAAUUGAAGGUCUUUGGUGCAAUCAAAAGGCAUUUGUUAGUUCACAUACAGAUCAAAGUUUUGAAAAAAUGAUAAAAUUAAUAGCGGAUUCUCGUAUACAUUUUGCCGAACAAAAUAUUGCAGUAAAAUUAUUCGAGCGAUUUUGGCGUUCAAUCGAAGCAUAUCUUCAAGGUUAA